AAACCAGACAAAAUCAAAACAACACUGACUCAUUGCGAAUUUACACUCCACUAUUUCGGAUGGAAACGCUCUUUUUGUGAUUUUGUUCUUUUUUAAUCAUAGUUCCUAAUUCAAUUAACAUUCUUAGGAAACGAGUCUGUAGCGUGUGUUUCAUGCACGAUGGGAAACAUUUUCGGAAAGACCAAAACAAAGCCCAUCAGCAGGGUCACAGAACAGGACAAAGCAGUGCUGCAACUGAAGCAACAACGCGACAAACUAAAGCAAUAUCAAAAACGUAUUGAACUAUCGCUUGAGAAAGAUCGGGAACUGGCCAAGAAGUGUUUAGCCAAUGGACGGAAGGAACGUGCCAAAACACUGCUUAGGAAAAAGAAAUAUCAAGAGAAGUUGCUAAGCAAUACCGAUGCUCAGCUGGAAACGCUGGAAAAACUAGCCUCCGACAUCGAGUUCGCCCAGGUCGAAGCACGGGUGGUCAGUGGACUGAAGGUGGGCAACGAAGCUCUCAAGAAAGUGAACGAAAUCCUGUCGAUCGACGAGGUGGAGCAAAUACUGGACGAAACCAGGGAGAGCAUUGAAAAGCAGCAGGAAAUUGAUGCGCUGCUCAACGGUGUACUCACCGAAGAGGACGAGGAUGAGGUGUUGGCCGAGCUAGAGGAUCUUAUUGGCGCGGAUCAGGCAAAGGAGGCGGAAACGGAAGAUCUCCGGUUGCCCGACGUUCCGGAUGAUGAGCUCGUCAAGGAACGCAAGCGCAAGGAGAAGGACACAUCCGGAUCUGGCAAAAAGGUUGCCUUGGAGGCAUAAUGCGUAGAAGGUCGAGUUAUACAUUGAGUUGGUGUCCGAGAACGAUUGCCAUCGGUUUGCGUAUUGCAACGAUUUGCGUAUGCUUUAUAUACAUAUGCCUUUGUAAGUGUUUGAAGCAUUUUUCUGCCACUGGUUGAAAAAACUGUGUAAAUAAAAUAUAUCUAACUAUCGGAACUAA